AUGCCCAAGAAAUCGCAAUCAUCACCGGCGCCGGUGGCGCCCCCUGUGCCCGCCUUGACGCUUCACGAGGCGGCGUCUGAGGGUAACCUAGGCUACAUCGAGCAGCACGUGCGCGAGCAGCAGAGGAUGCAUCACGACCUGCAGCUGCUGAACGCAGAGCGUAACACGCCGCUGCACACCGCAGCCAGCAAGGGACACACCGACGUCAUCGAGAUCGUAAAUUUCCUAGAGAUUCCAGAGAUUCCAAAGAUCCCAGAGAUCCCAGAGAUUCCAGAUAAGUUGCCAGAGGACGUGAUGUUUCCGGUAGUUCACCCAUUUCUAAUGAAGAACGUGCCUACAUUGAGCGCACUAGCAAAGAACAACAAGCAGCAGACAUGCCUGCACAUAGCAGCCGAACACGGUCACCUAGAAACACUCAAGGCGGUGCUGGUGAUCCAGGAUAAGCGCGAGUACGAGACGCAGAGUAGCGGAGGCGGAGAAGAACGGCAGCUUAUAGGACAGCGAGAUCAGUACGGACACACAGUGCUACACGUCGCCAUCCUGAAGAAACACACGGACGUAGCCGAGUGGCUCAUUGCGAAGACCGUGUCAUGA